AUGCGAAAUACAGUGGUUAUGUGUGAUGAUUAUGGAUACGGGAAGUCACCUGCUGUUACUUCAUUUGUUCGCACCUUAUUAUGUGGUGCUCAUAUGUUUUCCGAUCCGAAAUGUCGUUCUUCCAGUAAACUGAAGUCAACACAAUUUUGCAACUACAUGCCAUUAGCAUCACGUUUCAAAGAAGAUAAAAUGAAGACAUCAGCUCAAGAAUCUUCCGGAGGAACAACAAGUAGUAUUCAUAAAAGUCAACCGUCUGUUUUGGUAAAAAUGUGUAAGGACGGUUACAGCGGUUACAGACACUCAACAAAGAAUUACUUUUCGGGUAUUGAACAAAAACGGAAUGAAUAUACGGUUGAGGUGGAUCAUCGAUUAGUAGCGGUUAGUACUUUUCUAAGGAAAAGUAAUUUCUACGAGUUAAAUCAAGAGCAGCAAUAUUACGAAAAGCUCAUGUGUCAAUUAACAAUGAGCAAUUCGACAUUGAUGCGCGAAAAUCAAAAGUACCAAAUUCGAUUCAAGCAGUUAAGGAUGCUUCUGGAAGAUCAUAUUGAUCACUUGAACAACAUAUAUUUCACUUUAUUUUUAAAUGGAUUCAAUGCUAUUCAAUUUCCUGACGGUCAAACAGUGAAUCUAGCAGAAUUUCAAGGCACAAAACUGAAGCUAAUUCCGCGUACAAACAUGUUAUUGGCUGAUGCUUUAUCAACAACAACUGAAGAAGAUCUCUUUACUUCCCCUUCUCACAACAAUAAUGGUAGUGGCACCGAUAUUUCUGGCACCAAAAUAUUUAGCGAGAGUAUGGGUACAGAACAAAAUACAAACAGUUCGUUAAAGGAUAGCGGUCAAACUUCCAGAAAUAUCUUAAUAGACAAAGAUGAUGAUAUUGAAGGUUAUCUACAAUGGAUGAACGGACAAACCACGAUACGGUAA